GACCAAUCAGCCCCGUCGAGCUGCGCACGUAGCUAGCGUCCAUUAAGGGAAUGUCUGUCAAAGCGGACAAUAAAGUUUUAUUUGAAGCAGACGGGCACCAUUGAACAAAUGGGGGCUGUUACAGAUGACGAAGUUAUUCGGAAACGCCUCCUGAUUGACGGCGACGGAGCUGGCGACGACCGACGCAUCAAUGUUCUCCUGAAAAGCUUCACAAAAUGGUGCAACUCCGGUGGAUCACCCGAGGAAGGGUUUACGCAAUACCAGCGGAUGCUGGGAACUCUGGCACAGUGUGAGUUCUCAAUGGGAAAGACUGUUCUGGUCUAUAAUAUGAACCUCAGGGAAAUGGAAAACUAUGAGAAAAUCUAUGCUGAUAUUGAGCAAAGCAUUACAUCUGCCCAUGACAAGAUUGCAGAAUGCAAAAAGGAGAUUCUCAGAGCCAAGCGCAUCCGGAAAAAUCGACAGGAAUAUGACGCCUUGGCCAAGGUCAUCCAGCAGCAUCCAGACAGACACGAAACUAUGAAGCAGCUCAAGGCGCUAGACAAAGAACUGCAGCAGCUAUCCCGCAUCAAGGAGAACGUGGAGGACAAGCUCGAGCUGAGGAAGAAGCAGUUCCAUGUGCUAUUGAGCACCAUCCGCGAGCUGCAGCAGACCCUCGAGAAUGAUGAAAAGCUAGAGAGCGAUGAAUCCCAAGACUGCACCAUGGAAAAUGGACAGUAGACCCCAUGCGUUGGUUAUGACCCCCCCCACCACCACCUUUCUGAAAUAUUGUUGCUACGGAUUUGCAAGAUCCUCGUCAAGCUAUGAUUAUGCCACAUUUGAUGUUUUUAUAGUUUGUACUUUUUGUGUAUAAAUAAAAUGCCUUUUUUGUCCA